UCCUUUUAUCAGCUAGAAAAGAAGACAACAAUUAUAUUCAAAAAUUAAGGGAUUACUCUGUAGACGCAAGUUUGACGGAGGAGAAGGAAAUGGAGAUUUGUUCAACCGCCAUUGUUGGUCCAAUUGGGGAAAGAAUCACCAACUGCAUGGUGGAUCCCGUUUUCCGGCAACUGGAUUAUCUGCUUCACUUCAGAAGCAACGUGACUAAUCUCAGAGAUCAACUGAAGAAGCUGGUGGAAACUAGAGAUUUCGUUCAGCAUUCCGUCGACUCCGCCAAAAGCAAUGGGGACGAAAUCGAAGGUAUGGUAGUCGAAUGGCUGAGUAUUGCUGAAAAGUUCUCUGAAGAUGUUGAUAGGUUUUUCAAUGAGGCGAACGGCCGGAGUCUGCGAUGGUGGAAUAUGCCAUCGCGGCAUCGGUUCAGCAGAAGAGCUGUGAAAUUGGCUGUGGAGGUUGUUAAAGCCAUUGAAGAAGGGAGAUUUGAGAGGGUUGCGUAUCGUUUGCCGCCACCGGGGAUUUUUACGGUGAAGAACAGUAAGAAGUUCGAAGCCUUCGAAUCUAGGGUUCCGAUUCAGAAGGAGAUAAUCGAAGCGCUUGCUGAUGCUUAUGCGAGCGUGAUAGUGGUACAUGGGAUGGGGGGAGUGGGGAAAACCACACUAGCUGAAGAAGUUGCAAGAUUAGCCAUAGAGUGCAAGCUUUUCGAUGCUGUAGCAAUGGCGACUGUGACGCAGACGCCAGACGUGAAGAGAAUACAAGGGGAGAUUGCUGAUCAGUUAGGGUUGAAAUUUGAGGAGGAAAGUGAACGAGUGAGGGCCAAUCGGCUACGCCGAAGGUUAGAGAUGGAGAAGAAGGUCUUAGUGAUUUUGGAUGAUGUCUGGGCGAAGCUAGAUUUAGAAGCAAUUGGAACUUCUGGUCAUCACAAGGGGUGUAAGAUACUUGUAACAUCCAGAAAGGACGAUUUGUUCUUUGACGAUUUUGGUACUCAGAAAAAUAUCAAGAUCAAUGUUCUAUCAAAAAAGGAAGCAAGGAAUUUUUUCAACAAGAUGGCAUGCGAUUUUGUGGAUUGUAAUGAUUCUGAUCCUGAAAUGGAAGCCGUCGCUACUGAGUUGGCAGAUGAAUGCGCUGGAUUGCCACUCGCUCUUGCCACAGUUGCACAAGCAUUGAAAGGUAAAGGGCGGCCGAUUUGGAAUGAUGCCUUGCAAGAAUUGAAGUUUCCCGGCCAACCCAACAACUACGGGGUGAACAAAGAGGUAUAUUCUUCUUUGAAAUUGAGUUAUAAAUCUUUAGAUAGAGAUGAAGCCAGGUCACUGUUUUUACUAUGUAGCUUAUUUCCAGAAGAUUAUCAGAUUAACAUCAAAUACUUGUUGAUGUAUGCGAUGGGUCUGGGGCUAUUAAAUGGCAUGAGUUCUCUAGUGGUGGCAAGAGGUAGAAUACUUUCUUUGGUUGAUGAGCUCAAGACUUCUUACUUGUUGCUGGAUGGGGCUGAUAGUGAUUUUGUGAAAAUGCAUGACAUAGUUCGAGAUACGGCUAUUUUGGUUGCAUCUAAAAUGAAGUCCAAAUAUUUGGUAAGACAUGGUGUUGGAGAGAAAAUGUGGCCCCCAAUAGAUGAGUUCAAAGAUUACACUGCAAUCUCGCUAGGCUGUAGCGAUUUCACUGAACUCCCAGAAUUUACAUGUCCACAGCUUAAGUUCCUAUUAUUGGUUGGAAAAAGAACACCUCUGCGAUUACCUGAAAGCUUUUUUGCAGGUAUGCAGGAAUUAAGAGUUUUAGAUCUGACUGGCUUAUGUAUAGUACAGCUUCCAUCAUCGAUCAACCAACUGGUAAACCUUCAGACAUUGUGUUUAGAUGACUGUGUUUUACCGGACAUGUMUAUAGUCGGGGAACUGAAAAAGCUUGAAAUCCUCAGCCUGAGAGCAUCUGACAUUGUUGCACUCCCAAGAGUAAUUGGGCAAUUGACCAAUUUGAAAAUGUUAAACUUAUCUAAUUGCUCCAAACUCAAGGUGAUCCCUGCAAACCUKUUAUCCAGGUUGACAGGGUUGUGUGAGCUGUACCUGGACAAUAGUUUUAAACUUUGGAAUGUAGGACACGCCAAUGAGGGAAAUAUAAAUGCAGGGAUUGCUGAAUUGAACAAUCUACCACGGCUGACCACUCUACAUGUCCACAUUUCGGAUGCCAGAAUUCUACCAAGAGCCUCGCUUUUCAGAAAUUUGAUUGGUUAUAGAAUACUGAUUGGAGAUGGUUGGGAUUGGUCCGGAAAGUAUGAAACUUCAAAGACCCUGAAACUCAAGCUUGAGAGCAGCUUUCAGAGAGAAGAUGCAAUUCAAGCACUACUAGAGAAUACUGAAGAUCUGUAUCUAGAUGAAUUGAGGAGUGCCAAGAAUAUCCUAUUUAGUCUAGACCACAAAGGCUUUCCAAAAUUGAAGCGAUUGCGUGUCCAUAACAAUGCUGAGAUUGUGACUGUUGUUAACUCAGAGAAUAUGCAGCAUCCACACAGUGCAUUUCCGUUGUUGGAGUCCUUAAGUCUAAAAAAUCUGGCGAACCUUGGAUUGAUAUGUCGUGGAACACUUCCACAGAUGUCCUUCCGUAACUUGAAAAGAGUAAAAGUUGAAAGCUGUAGUAGAUUGAAAUUUGUUUUCCCACCUUCCAUGGGUGGAGGCCUUGUCCUUCAAAAGCUGGAAAUUAGUGAGUGCCCUGUGAUGGAGACAGUAGUUUCCAUCCAUGAUGAUAAGAUGGAUGAGAAGAACAUGAUUGAGUUCCCUGAAUUGCGUUCUCUGAUACUCCAACAUCUACCAGAGCUUAUGGGUUUCUACUGUCAUGAAAGCAGCACAGCAGUGCCUUCAACUAAAGUGGAUGCAGGUCAUACAAUUUCCACCGUUAAGCCUAGUUUUCAUCCACUUCUCAACAAAGAGGUUUCCUUCCCUAAAUUGGAAACAUUAAAAUUGCACGCUUUGAAUUCGGGAAAGAUUUGGCAGGAUCAACUUCCAGCUAGCUUUUCUGGCGUUAAAAAUCUAACUUCUCUGAGUGUGGAGGGCUGUGCUUCAAUCAAAUAUUUAACGACAAUCACUAUGGCAAAAAGCCUUGUGCAUCUUGAACGUCUUGAAAUAAGUAACUGUAAGUUGAUGAAAGAUAUAACCAUUUCAGAAGCUAGAGAUCUGGGCAGCCAUUACACUACCCAAUCUAUUUUUCAGAACGAGAAUGUUUUCCCAAGCCUUGAAUCUCUUGUAAUCUCUCGCAUGGAUUCUUUGGAGACACUAUGGGACAAAGAAGCUACUUCAGGAGCCUUCUCAAAGUUGAAAAAAGUUGACAUCAGACAUUGCAGAAGACUGGAGACAAUCUUUCCAGAUUACAUGCUCAACAGACUCACAAACCUCGAGAGGUUAAUUGUUACAGAUUGUAGUUCCCUGGUGGAGAUAUUUCAGGUGAAAGGUUCUGUUAACAAUGGCGACCAGGUAGCAGCCAUGGCAGCUAACCAUCUGAAAGAGCUGAAGCUGCUUCGUCUACCUAAACUAAAGCAUAUAUGGAGCUCAGACCCACACAGAUUCCUAAGCUAUCCAUCUCUGCAAGUUGUGCAUACAAUACAUUGCCAAAGCCUGGUAAAUCUCUUCCCAGCAUCCAUAGCUAAGGAUCUCGUACAACUUGAAGAGCUUAAAAUACAGUUCUGUGGAGUGGAGGAAAUUGUUUCUAAAGGAGGAGGAGAAGAUGAAGAUGUGGCGUUUCUUUUAACUGGGCUGACAUCGUUGCAUCUUUGGAAUUUGUUUGAGUUCAAGAGGUUCUAUCCGGGGAAAUACACUUUGGACUGUCCAUCGUUACAGCUUUUGGACGUACGCCAUUGCAAAUCAUUCAAGUUACUGGAAGGUGCUCUUGAAAAAUCAUCACCCCCUGCUGAUGAAAAGGUUGAAGACGAUCAGUCUUCCAAGAAAGAGCAAUUAGAAAGACGAGAAUCAGAUGUGUUGAAUGAGAUGUCCACAAGCAAGAAAGAAGAAAGAACAACCACCACAGCGCAAGAGGAUACAGUUGAAGCUGAGUUAACUGAAAUAAGAGCUCAAUUACAAACUCUUGUUAUGGGACAGAAUCAAAUGAUGGAACACUUGGCCCAACUUACAGCAAUUGCUCGUCAGACUGCCUCAAGGUGAUUCCUAAUCCUCUCUCUCUCUCUUUCUAUAAUAGUACAAUCUUCACUUGAACAACUUACAGCAAUUGCUCGUCAGACUGCCUCAAGGUGAUUCCUAAUCCUCUCUCUCUCUCUUUCUAUAAUAGUACAAUCUUCACUUGAAUGUAUAGAUUAAGGUUGUUUUCAUAGAAUYUCCAAUGUAAAAUAUUAAGGCCUCGGCUUUGAAGGCUUAUAAAGUUUAUAAAAUUGAUUGUACAUUAAUUUGAAAUUUAAACAAUGUAGGCAGAAAGUGAACUAUUUUUACAUUGCUCAAAAGUCCAUAGAAAUAGCUACUCAGGUUGAGCAAA